UGUUAGGUAGCUGUCGCCCGCCGGUUUUUUUCUUCUCUCCCCCUGGCUUGCAGCCUCCACCGUGACCCGGAGGCCCCCUUGACAAGGUCAAAAUAAUCAAUGUGGUGUUUGAGAGUCGUUCCGCAGGCUUCCAAUCGGCGGCUCAAAUCCUUCAGCUCGAUGGUACAUCACUGACGUCCCCGAAGCUGCCGCUCUGAUCACCGCCCAGACGGGACACGGCGUCCCCCUGCAGUGUGUGCCGACAAUCACGGUCCACGCAAAAACCUGGCAAACUGCAAACUCGCCGCAGACGGCUCAGACCAGCCGGGACACGCCCAGGCCAGAGAGACUCGAGGCUCGCGGGCUCGUUUUCAUUUCUCUGCUUCCCUUCUUUCCGACGCCUUCGAUCGUCGGCUUUGCUUUCUUCCUCAUAGACCUCGCCGUUGCCAUCACGGUCGAUUUCUCUCCUCCCGACUUGUUUGCUGCGUUUCUGUUGAGUUCUGCUUUUCAUCAAUCCGUGCAGUUGCGGCUCAACUCCGCCCUUGAGCUCUCGCAAUCAUGGGCGCGAAAUCCAUAAUCAGCUAUGGAUUCCUGGUUCUGCCUAUCGCAGUAACCCUUGGUGUGCUGCUGGGAUUACAGGCUUUCAGAGAGUCUCGUGGUCUGCCGCGGCCAUUUGUGAACAAUGGUAUCAAGACGACCACCUAUUGUCAAAUCGCCUUCGGUAUCACACCGGAUACAAACGGGGAGCAAUACACACUCAAUCCCAACCAAUGGGGCAUUACCGAUGAUUAUACGGAUGGUGGUGCUCUGUGUAUGAAUGUCACGUCCUUCAACAACGCUACGUAUCCGACAAAUACUACAGCGCCGGAAUGGUCGAUCACAUGGCAAUUCCCGCAAGGUCCAGACACCCAGCCCGUCCAUGCCUUCCCCAACAUCAAACUUGAUGCCGAAAAAGUCUUCCCAAUCCAAAUUGAAGACGUUGACCGGAUCGAUUUCGAGGCCAGGUGGGCGUACGGCGUUGGCGACGAUAAGCCGGACAGCACCAAUGCGGCUGCUCUUACAGAUAUCAAUCUGAAUUCCAACGUGGCUAUCGAUAUGUUUUUGGAUUCCGAUCCCAAGAACGCCACCGAUACAAACGCGGCCAAAUACGAAGUCAUGAUAUGGCUGGCUGCAUUUGGUGCGGCUACACAACCCAUUGGCUUGGCUAAAGGCGCCGUUGCCACCCAAGACAUCAAUGGCACCACUUUCUCACUCUACUAUGGGCAAAACAGCUUGGAGCAGAGUGUCCUUACAUGGGUUGCCAGUGGUACCGUCCAGGACUUCUACGCCGAUGUUGGGCCUUUACUUCAAGGACUGACAGGCCUGGGCGGUCCUACUGUGAACGACUACCUCGGAUACAUGGCUUUCGGAUCAGAAGCCCUCUAUGUUGAGUCCAACGUCACUUUCUAUAACUCACACUUGAGCAUGGAGGUGGUCCCGAAAUGAUGAACAUAUGCUUGCGCCAGUUUAUACCCCAUUUUAUACAACCAUCUUGUCACAAUCUGGACCUUUACGACCUUUGACGACCAGUCCUCGGAAAUUAAUUGACGAAAUUCAGCCAUCCACAUGCAGGAUGCAAAGCCACCAGGAGUCGGUGCAUGUUGGAGCGGCCGAUCCGCCCCAGAGGAGGCUACAGGAGAGAACACAAUCUGUGGCUCAGUGCUCCGGGAUACAGCCGGAACGGUCACAGAGCAGUCAAUGGCAGCAUACGGGUACGAGUCUCCAGGACUUACGCACUACAGGCAAGGCCACGCGUCCUGUCGCCUCGCAGCAAUGUCCUGGAAGCGCCCUCGGUUUCGAUGUCCGUGCUCCUAAACACUUUCUUUCUGGUCGAAUUCCAUGUAACAGUUACCACCCGGAAAUUAUCCCGGCAUCGGGACCGGCUAUGUUGGCUGGCCCCGACUUGCAGUAGAAAGGAUGUACGCCUCCACCCAUCCGGAGAAGCAGAGCCUUGGACGGAUAGCACACGAUUGACUGGCACAUAUAUAUUUAUUACACUGUAUCAUAACGUACUGUAUAUCUCGAUACUGAGGGUAAUGGGAAAAGUGAGACAUGCGAUUUGCAGUGGGAGCCCGGCAAUUUGCAGGCGAAAGUGAAGUGGACAUACCUGCAAGGUGAAGCCACCAGUCACAGCCAGCGAAUGCUGGAACCAUAACACCAAACGGCCGAAAGUUCAAAUAUGCCAACUUCCGACUCCUUCCAACAGGCGCCGCAAAUGCAACGGGCAGAGUGGCAGAAGCAGCUGGCUUUCGAUGACCGAGGCCUGCUGAAACCGAUUCCCUGCAAAGAUCCGGUUUGCUGAUGAGAAUUAACAUCAGUCGUUUGGUCGACUCUCGCUUAUGCCGUUGAUCAAACAGCUUCGAGUAUCCUUUCACUCUCAACAGGCAGCAUGAUGAUGUGCACUCGAACGUCGUAAUUGAGAGGCGCACAGCUUGAGAAUCUGGACGCAGUAGGAGGCACAAGCUUGUUCCAGCCAAAGAACGUUCUCUCCUGGCCACGAUUUGGACGCUUGGGCCAUGAUUUUGCUGUUUGGCAGAUCUUUGGCAUUGCCCGUGAUGGCUGGGAUCUAUCCGCAGCAGUUUGACACCACCAACAUCUCUGGCACCGCUAACGAUGACUGGGCUGGGCUUGGUCAGUCAGCCUGUCCGUGAGAGAAUGGAAUGAUCGGUCCCAAGCUCAGCCAGGCAUCUCCUUCGCCUUGCAAUUGCGUCCGAGGCAAAUUCUAUCUGCAAUGUGCAUGUCCGGCCUGGAGUCCCCGGAUGUUUGGGCCUAUCAUCGCCAUAUCCGCUUAUCAAGUGCAACUUGAAUAUGCAACGGCAGCUUUGUCAGACCCGACAGACAGGGCGAUCCUUGUAUAGUACCUAGCUUAAUAUCGGUAGGCGUGCUACUGUCGGCAGGUUUAAGUCAAGUCCAGCAAACGUGAAGGACGCGGCGAAGCAAGGGUCUGGUUCGACCACCAGACGGUGUAUCGAUGUUCAUGGAUGCCACGGCCUGCUGCAGUGUGUUGUUCUCUCGACCCAUCCCCGCCUAAAUCGCCCCGGCUGUGGAAGCUGACAGACAGACAUACACCUCCAUCUGCUGCUGCUCGCGCGCAGAGAUUCUAAGAAUGCACCUACACGGCACAGCCAGCUCGUGUUCCUCCCGCACACCCUCUUGACUUGACCGCCAUCGCGGCGCAUAGUGCCUGGAUCUCGAGCUGAAAGGCCCGAGGGGCCUUUUGAUUACCUCUCUCGAUGCAUCGAAACAACCUCAAUUCAUCCAUUUCUCCAAGUAGGUUCUCUCGGAUUGAGACUUGUGCGACUUACUACUAGUAUCAUUGGCCGGGGCCGUUCUCUGGAGAUGCCCAUCUUCUAUGCAGCAGCCAGAGGCCUGCAUGGAUCGCUCAACAUUCUCCGAGUCAGGCCGAUAGUUCAAGUCCUGCUCUGUUCUACCCUUCUCUAAUCCUAUGGGUUUGAUGUGUGGUACUACUAGCAGGGAGCCUCAUGGAGGUUUCCGUUGUUGGGACGUACCUCAUGCACGGCUCAGCUAAGUCAAUGGUCAAUGGCAUCGCAUUUGGUAUCGCGGGUGGGCGGUCAAGAAGUCUUUUCCACGACUCGAACACGUAAUAUUGCAGUUCAGAUUCUUGGGCAAAAGUUGUUGUUACUGGGGACCUAAGGUAUCCUUGUCAACCUUACAAGUGCUGCAGGUUACGGAUUGUUUAUGAUACUAGUAGUACUGUGCGAUACUGGGACCCAACAAACUCUAGUUAUGAAUAGUUCUGGACGCGGAGGUGAACCCCGGAGCCUGGAAAACUCUGUUCAUACAAAGUAUUGCAGUUCAGUGAGCGACGAUGGACAGCUUCCCAACGCGACUCGACUUGCUGGCUGCCAAUGGGAUCUGCCUUCAUCCGUGCUGUCGUUGUUGCGUCUUGUGGACUAAUGAACAAAGUACCACACCCGCGGACAUACCACAGGAGUGUGUGAGCACUGGGAAAAAGGGAUGAAGUGAAGCAGGGUGCCUUAAGCAGAAGAUCGCAUGGCCUCGACCUCGUGCUGUCCCGGUCAGUUUUCUCAGGUACCAAUUAUAUCCGCGACGAUGCUCCAUGAAGAGAGAGAGACUAUCUGUACUGUACUUCCUCUUGUCGAUGUCCAUAUAAAGGUAGAUGGCCAUCAGAUUACCAGGAGAACUGCAAGCGAUAUAUUUGAAAGCCAAACAAUCAUCUCCUGAGCUUGCAGACGACACCGUUUCAAAAGCCAUGAUGCCUUCGGGAUAGUAUGUUGUCUCGUUUUGACAUACACGUCCCAUUUCCGCAGAAACUAUAAUGUAUGCUUGAUUGAGGCUGCAAGGGCUUGGUGUUUGAUAUCGAAGAGAGAAAAUAAGUCACUUAC